UGGGAGCGCAGCGUUCGCGUUCGCCCCGCCUUGAAGGAGGUCCCGAGUCGACCUGUCGGCCAUCUCCGCCUUCGCAGUCUGCGCUGGGCUCGAGUGUCGUAUUUGUUCCUUCAUCUAUGCAGUGCGGUACAAGAAGAAUGGGCGUCAUGACGGACGUCCAUCGGCGGUUCCUGCAGUUGCUGAUGACGCACGGAGUGUUAGAGGAACAGGCCGUUAAACGCCUGCAGAAGCACUGCUAUAAGGUUCAUGACUGCAACGCUACUGUAGAGAAGUUGGAGGACUUCAUCAACAACAUUAACAGUGUCCUGGAAUCCUUGUGUAUUGAGGUAAAGAAAGGAGUCACAGAAGAUGAUGGGAGACCCAUUUAUGCUCUCGUGAAUCUUGCAACAACUUCAGUUUCCAAAAUGGCCUCGGAUUUUGCAGAGAAUGAACUGGACCUGUUUAGAAAGGCUUUGGAACUGAUUAUUGACUCAGAAUCUGGCUUUGCAUCUUCCACAAACAUUUUGAACCUGGUCGAUCAACUUAAAGGCAAGAAGAUGAGAAAGAAGGAAGCCGAGCAAGUGCUACAGAAGUUUGUGCAAAACAAAUGGCUGAUUGAGAAAGAAGGGGAGUUCACCCUGCACAGCCGGGCCAUCCUGGAGAUGGAGCAGUACAUCCGGGCGACAUACCCUGACUCCGUGAAGAUGUGCAACAUCUGCCACAGCCUCCUCAUCCAGGGUCAGAGCUGCGAGACCUGCGGGAUCAGGAUGCACUUGCCCUGCGUGGCCAAGUAUUUCCGGUCCAGUUCUGAACCACGCUGCCCCCACUGUAACGACUGCUGGCCCCACGAGAUACCAGUACGAUUCUUCAACAGCGGCUCAAGCAGAAGUGGGACCUGCCAGCUGGGACAGAUGGGAUCGUGAGGCUGGGCCGCUGAUGGGAGCUGGAGCCGCACAGCCCCUCUUGGCGGGGGGCAGGGGUGAGUCAGCCAUGCGGCCCUCUUGAGGGCAGGGGCCAUCUGGCCCAGAGACAUGUCUUCAGUGUCUAGCGCAGGACUUUUGGUCUUGAGCAGGCCCUCUCCAUACCUGAUGAGCUGGCUGGAUGUAUGGCUGGGUUCCUCGUGCACGCUACCUCUCCUUUCAUCCAAGCCCACCUUCAGAGCCCACAUUACUCAUAGAGGAAAAGCUAGCCCGGAAGCUGAGAUUACUGGCAACACU